GAGACGAUGGAAUUUUCCAUCGAAACGAUGGAAGAAAGGUGCGACAAGGGCUGAUCCGAGUCUUAUUCCAACAUCAGACCUACUUUCCAUAUUUCUUCCGUCCAACGCCUUCUCAAGUCUUGGCCUGCUGCUCGCUGGAGACAUCAGACUCGGCAUUUUCACCCGAGAACGUGCCAUAAGAGGCGCAGCCGUUGACGCCGCCCACCCCUUGUUACGGGACGAGUCAGGACAAGAACGCCAAACCUUACCGCAAAGAAGCUUGUUCUUUUUCUCCUUCAGCGCCUCUUACCUACGUCUCUGCUAUUAUUCAGCGGGUGGUUGAGCUGCCGAUGCCCCGGAAAAGCAGGGAAACCGAGACACGGGAGCUGGGAACGUCGACUGUGGAACUACACCUCACUCAUUGAUCAACGAAAAUUCGACACCAGCAGCAACGACGACGUAAAGGGUGGAGGAUAGGCGACGUGGACACACACAUCCCACCCAUGCUCGUCCUACGGUAGACACACGAUGAGUGCGCCCGAGUCGUACCAGCUCGAGUCCCUCGCGUCGGAUGGGGACGGCGUCAAGCCUACGUCGCCGACGGCCUCCAUCGACCCGGCCAACGUGCGGUGGAUGAACCAGGGCGACCGACGAUGGGAAGUCUGCAAGAUCGUGACCCGUCUGGUUGGGACGCUGCUAUGCGCCAUCAUCCUCAUCAUCAUGAUGGCCUGGUAUGGGUACCCGCCGUGGGAUAACUAUAGUGUCUGGCCUUGGCUGUGUCUGCCAGGAGCUUUACCAUCGUUUAUGUGGGAUUUGGGCGAGUUCCUCACCAUCUGCGCCCGCCACGGACGCGGCAUCACGCCAAAGGCUCACAUUGGCCUUGAACUCAUCAUCUCCAUCCUUGGCUACAUUGGCGGAGGUUGGCUGGCUUUCCAGCUUGGCAUCCAAGAGGAUGACCAGAUAGGAAAUAACCCGCUGAACCUCGCUCUCGUAAUGUGUAUCUUUAUGCUUCUCAGCGCAACAAUCCACAUGGCACUCUUCAUCCGCGCCUGUAUAGAACGCAGCCGCGAGAUCCGCCGGCGCAGGCCGCGCGUGAUGUACAUCCCAGAAACGGGCCAAACAGUCUACGUCGUCGCCAAACCCUUUCCAAAACUACCUACCUGGAAAUCCCCAUCCACACGCGCCCAAUCCUUCCCACGCUCGCCGCAGAGCCCGCUCAGCAACUCCCUACGGCACCACUUUGCACAACUCCAAGAAGAGAUGCCUCCGCCAUUACCCGAUCGGCCCGGCGACCAGUCCCCAUCGUCGGCGUCAUCUAUCAAGCGAAAACCUUUACCCGGCGCAGGUAUCCCGUCGCGGACGAUUCCGGCGAGUGGUGAUAGUCGGGACCGGCAUCUCCGGCCGAAUAUGCGGCCCCCGCCGGCGGACUAUGAGCCUUCUGCGGAGGAGCUGGAGCGGAUGAGACGGGGUGACGCGCAGCCUCAGCUUAUUUUGCCGGGGGAUGUGGAUUUCAAGUUUGCCACGAGCGUGACUGGUAUGACGCCAGCUGAUGCGAGCGCGAGGGAGGGCAAGUAUAGGGUGAAUAUGACGCAGAUGCCGGUGGUGAUGGGGGAGUCUUCGAGGGGAGGGAGUGCCGGCAGGACGAGGUCUAUCUGAUCGUCUGCUGUGGCAUCUGUAUACCUUACUUGAGGAUACCUCAUUUGAGUGUAUUUCACACUCAUUUCAUGUGUAGCAUUUUCAUGAUGGUGGGACGGCGUUUGGGGGUACUUCAUGACUGAAUAGAACAGUCUCAUUUGGGAACGAGUAUCUCACGGUAUUCUUUUAAUUCAUUCUUCUCAUUCGAAUUCAUCUCCAAGUCAGCCUUCAAUGGGAAG